CGGACGGGCCGGGAGCGGGGCCAUGAACGGCUCGGCGAACUCGUUGCUGGACAAGGAGGAGCACCCGCUGCAGCUGGGCGAGAGCUUCGAGCGGCGGCCCAAGGCCUCCUUCCACACCAUCCGCUAUGAUUUUAAACCAGCAUCGAUUGAUACGUCUUGUGAGGGGGACCUCCAAGUGGGUAAAGGAGAUGAUGUUACCAUCACUUUGCCACAUAUUCCAGGUUCAACUCCACCAAUGACUGUCUUUAAAGGAAAUAAAAGGCCAUAUCAGAAGGACUGUGUGCUUAUUAUCAAUCAUGACACUGGGGAAUAUGUGCUGGAAAAACUUAGUAGCAGCAUUCAAGUCAAGAAAACAAGAGCAGAGGGCAGCAGUAAGAUCCAAGCACGGAUAGAGCAACAAUCUGCCCGAGCAUCUCAGCCUCCUUCACAGUUCAGAGCCCCAACCAAGCCAGCAGCUGGACCUAAAACUUCUCCUUUGAAGGAUAAUCCUUCACCAGAGCCUCAGCUGGAUGAUAUUAAGAGAGAGCUGAGAGCAGAGGUUGAAAUUAUUGAGCAGAUGAGCAGCAGCAGUGGAAGCAGCUCAUCGGAUUCAGAAAGCUCAUCUGGGAGCGAAGAUGAAAGCUCCAGCAGCGAGGGGGAAGAGCCAGCACAUGUUUCCCCUUCCCAGCCACCACACCAGCAGUAUAACAACAGGAAUGCUGUUGCUAAUGGCACCAGCAGGCCACAAGGAAGCAAUCAGCUCAUGAACACGCUCAGAAAUGACUUGCAGUUGAGUGAGUCUGGGAGUGACAGUGAUGACUAGAGGCUGAGCUUUUGCUGUUUCUGUUACAUAUACAUGAAGAACUAAUUUACCUUGAAGUAAUCCUAUUGCUUAUGAAGAGGAGCUGGCACAGAAAUAGUUCCAUGUGUGGAAUUUUAAUAGAAGAAAUGCAUAGCCCUACAAAAUAGCAGAUGUUGAGGACUGUUUUACUGUGUGAAUUACAUGUAUAUAUUGUGUAUAUUCUUAUUGUCUCAAAGCUUUGAAUGAAUAUGUACAGUGGGUGAGCCAAUGUAUGUUCCUGUCCACCAUCUGUAAGUUUAACAUGUAACUAUAUGAGGUCAUCUAAAAAUUCCUUGUUUGUUGGAGAUGUUCAGCGCAUCAUGACUUUGUCAGGGGACUUUUGUAUAUAGGGUGAACAUGUGCCUACCAUGAGUUUAAAAAAACAUGCAGGAGCUAGUGCGUGCACUGAAGUGGGACUGCCGUAAAUUAAGUUUAAAUACUAAAUUAAUUUCUUUGCUUUGGGACUUUUCUAAUGCCUUUUAAUUGCUAAUUAUUGUUGAUUUAAUAGACUAACCUUUAAACAGUUGGAAAAUUUGGAAAACAGGAGUGAUUAAACCAUGUUCAUCACAAACCUUGCUGCAUCAGUGCCUUAUAAGCAGGUUUUAAAAAUAGUGCUUCAAUUUUUGCCACCUUCCCUAUAGGGAGCAAUACUGAAACCUCUUCAGACUGCUUCUGCAAACAAGAGCUGUGUGUCAUAUACAGCCAGCUGUGCUCUGAGGGCAGUGACUCUAGCAAGAUAAAGGAUACACAUCAAUCACCUAAACUCAUCCAAGUAAGAAUCAGAUCAGCGUUCUCUUUAGAAACUGAAGGAUCUCAUUUAACUCAGACAUUCAGACUUAGUCUUCAGAAAUGCUUACAAUCCCAACUACUAGUGACAUGCAAUGCAAAGUAUUUGACUUAGUGAAAUUCUAAGACUAGAGCCCUCUUUGCAGUUUCCUAGAGAAUGCAAAGAGAAGAGGUGACUAAACAAGUAGCCAUGAAACAGCAGGAGUCUCUCUCCCACCACAGUUGUCAAGGUGGACUUUAGUCCAUAUUGUUCAUUGGAUGGAAUCUCUUUGUGCUUGGCAGGAAUACACAGAACAUGAAAUAUUUUCCUAGCAUGAAACUCACCCCUGUUUAAAGGGGGUUUAAAGGGUGCUUAGUUGGAUUAUCAUUAACUUUUUUGCUCACGUGGAAAAUGAGUUCCAUAGGCAGCCUCUUAGAGCUUGAACACCAGGGUGACUUUUUAAAAUCAAAAUUUUGCUGGCAUAGGACGAGUUGCACCAUAGUUGUGGUGUAAUCCUGGGGAAUGGGAAGCUGAAUCAGAUGCCUCUCCAUUCUCAGGUGUCUGCUUUGCACUGUUCUCAUCUGUUUGUGUUUUAACUCAUUUGUUUACUGAGCUCUGUCCUUUUUUUUAACAUGUUGAAGAUCAAGGGGACAUUUGAAGGGAGAUUUUAUUAAAUGGUUUAUUUUUUGCAUUAGAUACAUAUUUGGGCAUAUUUUUGCAUUCUUGUACAUACAUUCAAAUAUACUUGGUUUUUUUAAAGUGUUUUGUGAUGUAGGUAUGUAUUUUAAUGGACAAUUAUGAAAUAUACUUGAUGAAAAGCCACAAUUGCUCUCCUUUUUUUUUUUUCCUUUUCUCUUUCCCUGUUCAUUCUCUUAACAUUAAAAAUGGUCUCUUUUAGCAAGUUUGUACCAAUUUGGGAUUUCACACUUUGGUACAGGAGAGCUCCAUGGUAUGGUUUGCAGUCUAACAAAUGUUAAUGCUGCUUUUGAAUGUCCCCCAGCUAAAGAUCUGAAUAAGCAGGGAGACAUUUUUGUGAUGCUAUUUGCCAUUACUGGAGCGAAUGCCUGAGUUCUGUUGAUAUUAUUUGCACCCAAGAGGAAAAGAAGCAGAAUGCAGCAUUUUCAUUGCUUACCAUCCACUGUCUUCUCAUGUACUCUAAAAUCCAGGACAUGUAAUAGGAAGUUUAUUAAUUAUGUGUAAAUAAAAGAUA